AUGGAGAAGAGCCGGUCAUUUCCUCAGUACUCGUCCUCUUACUCCGGCGAGUUCGAGUUCCGAGACGGAUCAAACUCCUACAGCUUCAACGGUCCGAGCAAUAAGGCAGGUGAAGGGUUUGCAACAUCUAGUGAUCCAGAGCUCAAGAGGAAGAAGAGAAUUGCAGCAUAUAACAUGUUUACUACGGAGGGUAAGCUGAAAUCAACUGUGAGGGAGAGUUUCAAGUGGAUGAAGAGCAAGUUGAGCGAUAUACGACAAAAUAGCCAGUUAGGGCCCCCACCACCUCCAUUGGUGGUGUCCCACCACCAUGUGAAGCCAUUGGAGCCAUCUCCUAUAGCAUCGAACACAAGUAGUCCCCACCACACCACCACUACCACUACCACCACCACAACCACAACCACCGGGUCUCAUGAUUCCCAGCGUGAGCAAUAA